CUGGAAGCUGAAGCAAUGCCCUGGAAGCUUUACCCUACUAGAACAAGGACUUAUGUGAAUAUAUCAGUGUUUUAUCAGCCUGAAAUCUUCCAGUUGAGAUGGGUAAAGACUUCCGGUACUAUUUCCAGCAUCCGUGGUCCCGAAUAAUUAUUGCUUACCUGGUGACCUUCUUCAACUUUCUGAUUUUUGCCGAGGAUCCAGUAUCUCACAGCCAGACUGAGGCUAAUAUAAUUGUUGUUGGAAAUUGUUUCUCUUUUGUAUUUUAUAAAUACCCUGGAGGUGGAUGGAAUGUUCUCAAAGUGAUCCUCUGGAUAAUUGCUAUUAUAACUGGGCUGAUUGCAGGAAAGUUCAUUUUUCACCAACGCUUGUUUGGUCAAUUGCUUCGGCUGAAAAUGUUUCGUGAUGAUCAUGGAUCGUGGAUGACAAUGUUCUUCAGCACAAUUCUCUUCCUCUUCAUCUUUUCACAUAUCUACAAUUUGUGUCUUCUCAUGGCUGGGAACAUGAGCUCGUACAUUAUAAAUGACUUCAUGGGUAUCAGAAAUGAAAGUUUUAUGAAAGUGGCAGCUGUUGGAACUUGGAUGGGAGACUUUGUCACUGCAUGGAUGGUCACUGACAUGAUGCUUCAGGAUAAGAAAUAUCCAGAUUGGGGCAAGUCUGCCCGAGCUUUUUGGAGGAGGGGAAACACACGCAUAGUACUAUUCUGGACUGUUUUGUUCAGUCUGACCUCUGUGGUUGUUCUUGUCAUUACUACUGACUGGAUAAGCUGGGACAAGCUGAAUCGGGGAUUUCUACCAAGUGAUGAGGUCUCAAGAGCUUUUUUGGCAUCAUUUAUUUUGGUUUUUGACCUUCUUAUUGUUAUGCAGGACUGGGAAUUCCCUCACUUCAUGGGUGAUGUUGAUGUAAAUCUCCCUGGGUUGCCUAGUGCUCAUAUGCAGUUUAAACUGCCGCAUUUUCAGCGAAUUUUUAAAGAUGAAUAUCACGUUCAUAUAACAGGUAAAUGGUUUAACUACGGAAUCAUCUUCCUUGUCUUAAUGCUUGAUCUUAACAUGUGGAAGAACCAAAUAUUUUACCAGCCCUCAGCCUAUGGACAAUAUUUAGGUCCAGGACAGCAGAUAUAUACUGUUGAAGACACAGAAAGUUUAAAAUAUCUUAAUAAAACAACGUUAACAUGGGAGUGGAGAUCAAAUAAUACAGACCCAUAUACCAACAGGACUUACGUAGAGGGAGAUAUGUUCCUACACAGUAGAUUCAUUGGAGCAAGUCUCAAUGUGAAAUGCUUGGCUUUUAUUCCAAGUCUUCUGGCUUUUGUUCUAUUUGGAUAUUUCAUUUCAUUCUUUGGCCGAUUCCUUAAAAGUGAACAAAGAACGGAGAAGAAAGAUAAAUCAUAUAAACGAAUCAAUAGAAAAUCUCCUUCUGAGCACAGCAAAGAAAUGGGUAUGACCAUUGAGAACUUGCAAGCUGUCGUGGAAGAACCUUUAUACUUGCAUGAUCCCACAUUGGUAUCGGUGAGGGCAAAGCCAAGUGAAAUAAACUGCUACCCUACUCCUGCAGAGAAUGUAAGCUCCGUGUCACAAGUAGAGCCAACUGAAGACAUUAUUCCCAUGAAUGAUUCUGUUAGUUAA